GUUGCCACUUGGGCAGCAGCUGCAGUUUAAAAACCGCUUGGAAAUGGGAAAUUGGAAAUUGCGUGGAAACUUCAGAGCCUGUCGUCGCGUUUUCCCUGCAAACCCGUUUUCAAUCACGAAGCCGAGACAGGCCAUACUGGAUCAUGAACAAGAACUCGAUCAGCACCGACCAGGAGCUGCGUCAGGGGGAAUACCUCACCAGUGAAGAUGGCAACUCCAAAGCUGUCUUCCAGGAUGACGGCAACUUUGUCAUCUAUACCUGGUCCCCCAUUUGGGCAACAAAUACAUGUGGCAAAAACCCAUUUCGGAUCCUUGUGCAACAGGAGAACAACCUGGUUAUGUACAACGAAGAAGAUCAAACUGUGUGGGCGUCUGGCACCUCCACCAGAAUGAACCUGACCUUGACUAAUGAAGGUCAGCUGGUUCUUGACCGUAAUGGACAAACAGUUUGGAGUGCUGGAAAAAAGUAGAUGUGAGAUUGAAAUAAAGGGCUCUUGUUUAAUUACUCACUAUUUGAUGUGUAGUAUUGUAUCGAAAUUCACUCUGUAGAGCGAAACUGGAUAUUUAUGACGUUAUCUGCCUGAACUCGUCAACAAUAAUGAUUGUUCUCUUGGACUCAAAGGUCAAGGUCACUGUGACCACAAAACAUGUUUUUGGACAUAAUUUAAGAAUCUAUAUCUGUUAAUUAUGACACAAUUUAACUCAAAUGUCUGACAGGAUAUAAUGAUGAAGUGAUGAUAUUUUAUAACCAAAUGGUCAAAGGUCAAGUUCACCGUGACAUCAUAAUGUUCUGUGAAAGUUUUUUACGUUAAAAUUUUUUUCAUUUGUUUUAUGUUAAUAAAACUAUGUAAAUUACCCCAGGAAAGUUACCAAAAUACAGUGAUCUAUAAUUAAUCUCAUAUUACUGUUAAAUUACAUAUUUUUGUUUGUAUUUAUUCACGUGUAUUUCAUAAUUUAUUCUUUGUUUAUUAAAUUUCAAACACUUUGUGUUUCCAGAGUGAA